AUGUGGAACGACGAGGAUAACAACCCGUACGGCGCAUUCGAUAACGAGGCGCAUCUCUCCGAGUCGCUGCAUUCGGCCACCCUUUCUCCCACUCUCUAUGACCGCGAAUAUACCCCUCCCUCUCCUUCCAGCCGAUCAUCCACCGACAAUCCCCCGGACUUCCUCUCACAGCAACAGGACCUCAGUGACGAAGACAACGCUCCAGACUAUGCUGCCCAACCUGCUGGCCAUGGCUAUCUUCGCAAGAGUGUAUAUGAUAGUCGGAUAGAGCAGAUUCUCUACGAAAACCCGGAGAUGCCGAUCCUCAUCACAGACGCUGGGAAGAACCACGAGGGCGGCGGCAGCUUCAUUGUGUACACAAUACGCACUGGAGAUCUGGAGGUCCGCAGACGGUAUUCCGAGUUCGCGUCACUGCGACAAACCCUCGUCAACCUUCAUCCCACCCUCGUCAUCCCGCCUAUUCCCGAGAAACAUACCAUGGCCGAUUAUGCCGCCAAGCCCACCAAGGCUAAGGAAGACACCGCCAUAAUCGACCUCCGCAAACGCAUGCUGGCCGUCUUCUUGAAUCGUUGUCGCCGGAUGAAGGAGGUUCGUGAGGAUGGAGUUUGGUGGCGGUUUUUGGAUCCCAACGUUAGCUGGAGCGAGGUCCUACACUCCCAUCCUGCAUCGUCUGUGCCGAAGAAUAAUCUCAAGGCUCCUCCGCUUGACCCCGCCAAUCCCACCCCCGCUCAUGCCUGGCUCCCAGUCCCAUCAUCAUCCGCGAAGCUCAAGUCUGCAGGCAGCGCUGCGCCUGCUCCUGCUCCCGCUCCAGAAACGCCUGGGCCUGAUGUUCUCGGUCGCUUCCCACCAGAGUCACGGAAGCUGAGUGAAAAGGAACUUGACCCAUACUUUAUCAAUUUCGAGGCGUCUACACGUGAGUUGGAGCUACUUUUGCAAGGGAACAUUGAAAAGGUCAAUCGUCGCACGUUGGCCCACCUAUCGUCCUUGUCAGCGGAUUUGAUGGAGCUGGGAGCACGGUAUAACGGAUUUUCCCUGUCGGAGCCAUCGCCGACCGUCGCAGCAGCCAUCGAACGGGUCGGCCAAGCCGCUGAUACUUCCUACAUUGAGACGGAGGAGCUGUCGUCGCAACUGAGUGCCAGCUUCGCGGAACCGAUGAGGGAAAGCGCCCAGUUUGCCAGCGUUGUGCGCAGUGUUCUGCGCUAUCGGGUCCUCAAGCGGGUGCAGGAAGAGAUGACGCGAGACGAGCUGGCUAAGAAGAAGACGCUGCUCGACUCUUUGGAGCGCAGUGAGAUGGAAGCGAAACGCAUUGAGCAGUACCUCAAUCGGACUUCGCCUCCAGGUGGGGCCACGAGAACGCAGCGGUCUCUGUCCGCAUCGUCGGCCGUCAGCGCGCCAGGAGGCUCCGAGGGCGAGGCCCGUCCAGCUGGUUCUGAAGACGGUGCAUCAGUCGACUCGGAAUUCCCUCCUACGCACGGCGAUUCCAUCAACUCCCAUCCACCUCCGGCAGCACAGCGGCGUCCGGACUUUGGCGGUGCAAGCCCGGCGCAUCGCAAGACAUCGAGUGGGACAUUUGUGGCGAACAAGAUCUUCGGUCGGAUCAGCCACGCGGUGCACGGCUUUGUGGAUGUUGAUCCGGAGCGGACCCGCCGCGACCAGAUCGGCAAGACGAAAGAGAGUUUGGUGCAGUUGGAGCAGGCUCUUGGGGUGUCCGAGAAGGAUGUCAAGGAUGCCAGUGCGGGAGUGUUGCAGGAUCUGAAGCGGUUCCAGAAGGACAAGGAGAUGGAUCUCCGGCGGUACAUGGUUGCAUAUGCACGAUGCCAUCUGGAUUGGGCACGCAAGAACCUGGAGACGUGGACGGAGGCGAAAGAUGAGGUGGAUAAGAUUGUAGUGAGGUAG